CGAGCGGCGAUCUUUCGUGAGCAGAAACCACAGCGCUCUUCUACGGAGGAAGGGUUGGAAUAUUGAUCGAUGCCAUUUUUACCCGGAGGUCAGCUGAACAGACGCGCUGUGGAGUCUGGAUAAGCCGGGCAGACGGGGCCCAAUGCUUCUCCUCAUUCUAAGAUGAAGUUAUGGAAGUUUGCUGCCAUCGGCCUGAUUCUCUGUGGUGCUGCACUUCCCCUGCUCGUCCUUAAAACCACUUCCUCUUCCCGAGCCCCGCCCCCUCCUCCCCACCGCAGAGCUUCAUCCUCAUCACUUUCACCUCCAUCUUCUUCAUUCACGCCAAGCAACUCUUCGUCUACCGCUGCGGCAGGUGGACGGCAUCGGAGAGUCAGAUCAGCGGACGGAGGAAACUCUCUGGUAUCAGAAUUCAUGAAGAUGUUCCAGAGCUUCACAGAGGGCGAGCUGAAGCAGGUCAUUGGGACACUGGUGGAAAGGAAAGCCCGCAGAGAUGCCCAGCAGAGCAAAAGAACUAAACGUGCAAAAAAACGAUCCAAACCCUGUUCUCUGCAGGAGGUGGAGGUGACGGUCAGUCAGCUGGGGUUGGGAUACGUCAGCGACGAGACUAUAGUCUUCCAUUACUGCAGCGGAAAGUGCACCACUAGCCGCAAAAACUAUGACCUGACGCUGGCGUUCAUGAAGCGCUCGAGGCUGCUAACAAGGGACCAGAAGGACAAAGCGCGACACAGCCCCUGCUGUCGGCCCACCGCGUACGAGGAGGACAUCUCCUUCCUCGAUAACUUCAACAAAUACCACACGAUCCAAGAGUUUUCGGCCAAAGCGUGCGGAUGCGUCUGACGUCGAGCGGGAAGCAUAACACCUUUUAAUCUCUGAAAAAUACAGACCCUCGAUUCUGAGAAGAAAAUCUUCCCGGGCUUAAAGCACUGAGGCGAGAGCUCACGUCUUGCAUUGCCUUCACGAAACAUACUCGAGUGGCAGAUUCUCCUCAGACACUUCUGCCAGUCCCGAUGAAGAGAAACCGGAAAUAUAUUAAGCAAAUAAUUAUUCUCAUGUUUAGUCGUUGCUGAUGAGAUGCUGCUGUGUAUCCUGUUUCUAUUGCCUUCGUGGGUCUAAUUUCGAAUAGUUUGAAAUGUUGGGUGGAUGCUCAGAGUUUCGACGUCGAAAAACCUCUAGAAAAUUCAUUCAGGGCUUCGGUAAACAAAGCAAGUACACAAAGGCACGCCCAAUGCCGAACAAAACUUCCUCGUCGUGUAACUGACCUGUAAAUGAUCCCAGCGGCUCUGAAAGGUUUCAACUCUGACGUUUCAAAAGCUAAACAUUCCCACAAAUCAAAUUCAAACACAUUCGUUUUACUGAAAAUCUACCUCAGCCUUGCUACAGUCAACAUGGCUCUUUAAAAGAAAACCCAAUAUUUGAUCAAGAGAUUUACAUUUAUUAAAUGUUGCGACAUUCGAAUAAAGGUUACGUUUAAAAAGAUCAAUAAGGAAACUAAUAAACUGCUAUAAUGCUAGGUAUCAUAAAAAUGCGGACGUUGUACGUGGUAACUGGUGGUUUCUGAACAAACUCACACAGGGACAAGUACCUUGUGACAACGUGUUAUCCUGCGAAAUCUGUUAAAUCCGACAACCUUCAGAACCAGAUAAAUUGCAAUGCUCAAUUUUAUGCACCAAUUUAUAAAAUUUGACGCAUUUAUGAAACAAUAAUACAACGUCCAAAACGAUCUCAUUGCAAAACUACUAUGCAUUCUGUCAAACUGGUGGCUAAUACUCAUCCAUGUUUUCAUACGAUCUCCUCUCAUCCAAGUGACGGUUACAUUCAUGGGUAGACCUCCGAGCUAAUAUCUUUUGCUACGUAUCAUGCAUUUUCGUACUUCACGUUGUGUGAAUUCAUACGAAAUCAGCACCUUGUAAAACGGAUUUCCGGCGAGACGCCGUAAAAAGGUUGAAUCAGCCAGCUCCAGCAGACUUUGGGGGUUCCGCAGCUUAUUUUUGAGUUUUAUUAACUUUAAUUUUGUUGCAUAAAGUUCCGGGUAAAACUCAAAUCUGUUGAGGCUGGUUGACUCAAACUUUUAAGUUCGCUCAACUUUUUCUUAUUCUCCUUAUCUUCCAGUCAGGUCCUAUAUAGAGAGAGAAACUGGAUCAAUUUGUUCAAACGGCCUAGAAAGCAAACAUCAAGUCAAUCUGCACUGUUCCUCAGAGGAAAAAUCGGAUCGCACCCUUUUAAGAAUCCCCCAGAAUCAGUUUCCUCUCUCUAUCGGACGGUUUUCGUUCCUCUAGAUACUUGCGAAUGUACUGAAAUCGCCGGAGUCAGGCUAUCCUUGCCCGAGGUCUUCCCUUAGUUAACCUGACCAAAUCCACUUUAUUUGUGUAAAUCCUAUAACACAAGAGUCUAAUCCACUUUAGCCCCUGUCAAGCCUUGGCCAAAAAUACAGAGAACUAAAGUGGGAAGAACCAGGUAGCAUAAGCAUCGAAUAAGUCUCUAAAUAAACCCGUGUCCUGAUUUUAGCUCUAAACUCCACCAAAAUAAUCUCUGGUAAUUAAGCAUUGAACAAGCACAGACGCCGGUGAAACUAACUCCUCGUUUCGAAUUUCCGCAGUCAAUCAUGUUCGCAUUGACAGAAAAAUAACACUUUAUAAUAAUAUUAUAUAACGCUGUAUUUAGUGGAUUACGGCU